ACCGACCCGUAUGCGGCAGGUCACGAUUCUCGCCUGGCGCUGACCCAGACUCUCUCGCUGCUUCGAGGGCAGAAAAAAAAGGAUCCUGAGAAGCUCCCCAAAGGCUGCCUGAGAGUCGCUGCUGCUGCCGUUGCCGCCGCUGCUGCUUUCACGGGCUGCCGCUGGGGGUCGUGUCCAGCCUGACUGGGCACCUGAAUCCGAUUCCGAGCCUCGGGAGUCUCAGCCUCAUCCGCUCCCGCCAUGUCUGAAGACGACAUCGACCUCGCCGGCCACGACGGACAAGGGCCCGGCCGAGUCGACCGCGACCGCCGGGCGCCCAGGUUCAGCUGGACGCCCGCCUACGAGGCCACCUUCUUCCGCAGCCUGUGCGAGAGCGUCCAGCUGGGCAUGCGAGAAAACAGCAGCUUCAAGGCCGAGGCCUGGGAGCGCGCCGCCCAGGCCCUGCAGGAACACCACGGCGCUUACCCGGCUAAAAGCCAUCUGAUCAACAAGAGCGACAAUGCUCGGAAACGCUUUCGACUGUGGCGAGGCCUUCGAGAGGACCCGGACUUUAUUUACAACCCCGUGUCGAGGACGGUGACGGCGACCGAGGAGGCAUGGAGAGCGCAUAUCGAGCGAGAGCCUUUGUCGCGAGCCCUCAGGGGGAGGCCCUUUGACCACGAGGAAUACAUGGAGGUGCUGUAUCCGGACGUGGUUGGGUCGGGGGGAGCUCCCAAGAGAAUCAUGAAGCCUCGACGAAAGACUGACGGCCAGCCUUGCGACGACUCGGAGAUGCCAGGGACUGGCGUGUUGAAUCUGCAAACCGACCCGACACCGCUCAUAACAGAAACCACCGACUCGCCGAGCCAACAGCCGCCGCCGCACAAGAGUCCGCAGAACCAAGCGUCGGCAGCUUCUUUAUCCGCUUCUGGAACUCAGCAACGACCGACUACAGCACCUUCGAUACCUCGCAAUCUCACCGCCGCACAAGGCGCAGCUCUGACGCCCCCUGAAGAGUCGGUUCCCCAAAGCCGGAAGCGUCCUUCGCCCAUGGGUCCCCUACAGUCUGCCGGCGACCUGGCUCAGUCAACCUCCGGGCCAGCUAUCCCACCAUCAGCACUGCCAACCUCGCCAGAAAAGCGCCGCCGACUGUCGUCCAGAGACGACGUUACUUCCAAUACAAGCGCAGCUACUCCAUUGCUUGGAUCAUCCGCUCUCCCGGUCCCGGGCACCAGAUCCACAGUCGAGCCUCGAUCGCGUCCAGAAACUCAGGUUGCCGGACUUCAGUCCAUCUUGGAGGAGCUUGUCUCUCUGUCAAAAGCGAGCAGGGCGCGUAUGUGGAGGGAGGAAGCUGUUGACCUACUAUUCAAAGAAUUCGCAACCGAAGACGCAGACGUGCAGAUAAAAAUUUCCGAGAAAGUUUUAAACGACGAACACAAGGCCAUGGUGUUUUGCAAGAUGCCGUUGCAUCUGAGGCAGCACUGGGUCAAACGACUUCGUGGCCUCGGAUAAUGAAAGAGCGACUUGAAAGAUACCCCACCUGGCCCUGGCAUACAUGAUACCAGUACCAUGAAACUGAUUUUUUCUUUUUGUACGAAAGACCAGAGACGGAGCAGUUUUGAUGUUGGAAUAUUUUUAAACUUUUUAGCGGCGUGAUGGUGUCGAGGACUCAUGUGGAAGAGGCGUGUUGAGAGAUACCAUGAUACCCAGAUUCGCGGCGUUGGAAUCACUUUUGCAUUUCAGCGAAGAUUGUUGUUGUCGUUAUACAUAAUACGGACGGCCGAAUGGCGUUGUGUGUUAUUGCAUUCAUGUUGACUCGCUGUCAUGAAACCACCUUCUUGUUUGUACCAUUUUUUUCAUCUUCAUCUUCAUCAUCUUCUUUCUUGUUCUUCACCAUAUACCUUUCGGGCUCACAAGCCAAUUUUUUUGUCACGACGAUGAGUUGAGGGAAGUUUAUCGGUCAUUUGAGAUGAAUAGC